CUCCAGCUCAGUAGGUGGCGCUACAUGCGCUGACAAAAGCGGAAGUAACAAAACGUCAAAUUUGUGCACUUCUCCACGUGUGGGAGCAAAGCGGAGCAGUCACAUUGGCAGAUCCACAGCGCAGCGAUGAAACGACCAAAGUUGAAGAAGGCCAGUAAGCGGCUCUCGUGUGCCAAACGUUAUAAAAUACAGAAAAAGGUCCGAGAGCAUAACAAAAAGCUGAGAAAAGAGGCAAAGAAGAAAGGAGUGCGCACACGAGUGAAAAAGGACCCUGGCGUGCCCAACAGUGCUCCCUUCAAAGAAGAAGUCCUCAGGGAGGCAGAGCAGAGGAGGCUUCAGAUAGAAGAAGAAAAACAAAGAAAGAAAGAAGCUAAAAAGGAGGAACGAGCCCAGAAGAGAAAAAAGGAGAAAGAGGCUGAAAGUAAAGAAACAGAACCCAAUGCCAAGAAGGCUCGGCAGGAUGAGGUUAAAAACCGUUCAGAGAAAAAGAUGGCUCCAGACAAGACCUCAAAACAGUACCUUUGUUCUGAAUUAAAUAAGGUAAUUGAUGCGUCUGAUGUAGUGAUAGAAGUCCUUGAUGCUCGCGAUCCACUGGGGUGCAGGUGUCCACAGCUGGAGGAGGCCGUGCUGCAGAGGGAAGGCAACAAGAAACUGCUUUUGGUUCUAACCAAAAUAGAUCUAGUACCAAAGGAAAAUGUGGAGAGAUGGAUCCAGUGUUUACAGCUCGAGUUUCCAGUUGUGGCGUUCAAGGCAUCAACACAGAUCAAGGACAGAACAGUGCAAGGCAAGAAGAGCAGGAUAGUGGCCUCCAAUGAAGUCCUAGACAUAUCCAGAGGAGCAUCCUGCUUUGGAAGCAGUUGUCUCACUGAGCUCCUUACCAGUUUGGCUGCUAACACAAAGGAUGAAACUCAACUUAAAGUGGGCGUAGUUGGUUUUCCUAAUGUGGGGAAGAGCACCCUCAUCAACAGUAUGAAAGGGAUCCUUGCUUGCAAUGCUGGUGUAAAGAGAGGCAUCACAAAAUCCAUGCAGGAAGUGCACAUCUCGAAGAGUGUGAAGCUAGUAGACAGUCCAGGAGUUGUGGCCUCACCAUCCAACCCACUGGUCUCCAUGGCUCUGAGGAGCCUACAGGUGGAGGAGGGCCAGGACAGUGUGCUGGAGGCUGUCAGGACUCUGCUCAAGCAGUGCGACAAGACUCAGAUCAUGCUUCAGUAUAAUGUCUCCGACUUCAGAAACUCUCUGGAGUUUUUAAGCUUGCUCGCCAAAAAGCGUGGAUAUCUGCAGAAGGGCGGAGUCCCGAACACAGAGCAGGCAGCCACAGCUUUUCUUGCAGAUUGGACGGGAGCCAAGCUGAGCUACCACUGUAAGGCACAGGAGAACCGCAGCCUCCCCGCCUACAUGUCCGAUGUUGUAGUUGCUGAAAUGCAGAACGGCUGGGAUCUUCAAAAACUGAAAACGGGCAACGAGGAAACUCUGAAAGGGGUUAAAUUCCCAAGCCUGGCCAGCAGUAUAAGUUUCACCUCUAAAGGCCCGACUGCAGGCGUGCUAAGUGUCAGCGACAUCUCUGAGGGAAAACCAGAUGCUGCAGCCACGAGGAGAGAACCGGACGUGAAUGAUGAGAAUGAGCCUGAACAAACUACUGAAGAGGCAAAUGAAGCUGGAGAACCUGAGAAACCACAGAAGUCGUCACUCAAAAAAAAACCAGUCCGUGUGCAGUUCCAGUCUGUCCCCACUGACACCAGCCUCUCUGCAGAUGACGCCUACGACUUCAACGCAUUUUUUAAAUGAGAAUUGCAUGUGGACAUGCAGACCUGCCUUUGCCAACAUACACGAACAUGCUGACAAAGAGUCACUGUCAGACAGAAGUUGAAUCAGAACAGAGUGGGACAGUGUCCAGACAAGGACUCCUCGAGUCAUUUGACUCCACUGAAAUCUGUAUGUCCAAGACUAACGCCUGCCCAGGAAAUGGACUUCAUUAAGUGGGUAUAUGUAUUACAUCCACUGACUUUUUUUCCGCUGACUUUCAGGAUUGCCUGUUUUUAAAUGUCCAGAGGUCAUUUGUAAUAUUGUUCAUGCUGAAUACUGUACAGAGACAACCUACUAUAAAUGUAAUAAACCCUCUGCAAAGUUUUAAUCUUUUUUA